AUGGGGCUGACCUGGAAGCCGCGGGUUCUCACGGCACUGCUCGGGGCGGCAGUGGCCUCGGGCCUCACCACGCUCAUUCUCAUCCUGGUGGAGGCCGCUGAUGUCCUCCUGCCCACAGACACCAAGUUUGGGAUUGUGUUUGACGCGGGGUCCUCCCACACGUCCCUCUUUGUGUACCGGUGGCCAGCAGACAAGGAGAACGACACGGGCGUGGUCAGCCAGGCGCUGGUCUGCCAGGCGAAAGGGCCUGGAAUCUCCUCCUAUGCCUCCAAUCCUGCACGAGCCGGUGAGAGCCUGCAGGGCUGCCUGGAGGAAGCGCUGGCGCUGAUCCCAGAGGCACAGCAGCGGAAGACGCCCCUGUUCCUGGGGGCCACGGCUGGCAUGAGGCUACUCAGCCGGAAGAAUAGCUCUCAGGCAAGAGACAUCUUCGAGGCGGUCACCCAGGUCCUGGGCAAGUCCCCCCUGGACUUCUGGGGUGCUGAGCUUCUGGCCGGGCAGGACGAGGGUGCUUUAGGUUGGAUCACCAUUAACUACGUCCUGGGCAUGCUGGUCAAGUACUCCUUCUCCGGAGAAUGGAUCCAGCCUCUGGAGGGGACACUGGUGGGCGCCUUGGACAUGGGUGGAGCCUCCACCCAGAUCACCUUUGUGCCUGGAGGCCCCAUACUGGACAAGAGCACCCAGACCACCUUCCGCCUCUACGGAUCUGAGCACAGUGUCUACACCCACAGCUACCUCUGUUUCGGGCGGGACCAGAUGCUGAGCAGGCUUCUGGCACAGCUGGUGCAGAGCAGCUCCGGCCCCCUGGUCCGCCACCCAUGCUACCACAGCGGCUACUGGGCCACGCUGUCCCCGGCCGCCCUCUACGAGUCCCCCUGUGUGCACACAGCAGCCCCUCCAGAGCCGGCCGGGAACCUCACUGUGGAAGGGACAGGGAACCCCGGGGCUUGUAUCUCAGCCAUCCGGGGCCUCUUCAACUUCUCCAGCUGCCGGGGCCGAGGACACUGUGCCUUCAAUGGGGUCUACCAGCCCCCUGUGCGGGGCCAGUUCUAUGCCUUCUCGAACUUCUACUACACCUUCCGCUUCCUGAAUCUCACCUCCAAGCAGCCACUGGCCACUGUCAACGCCACCAUCUGGGAGUUCUGCCAGAGGUCCUGGAAGCAGGUGGAGGCCAGCUCGCCCGGGCAGGACCGCUGGCUUCGUGACUACUGUACCUCGGGGCUGUAUAUUCUCACGCUGCUGCUUGAGGGCUACGGGUUCAAUGAGGAGACUUGGCCUGGCAUCGAGUUCCGCAAGCAGGCUGGUGGCACGGAGAUGGGCUGGACGCUGGGCUACAUGCUGAACCUGACCAGCAUGAUCCCCGCCGAGGUGCCUGCCCAGUGGCGGGCACAGAGCUAUGGCAUCUGGGCGGCCGGGGUCGUCUUUGCCGUGCUGACUCUCGCGGUUACUCUGGGGGCUGUGGCAGGCCAGCUCCUCUGGCCCCAGGGCUAAGCUGGGCGGCCGCCUGAUGGCGGAAGGCACGGGCUCAGCUCCCACGGUCUGAGCUGGUCAGAGCCUCCCUGAUCUCCUGACCCCUGCCAGGUCCCCUUGCCCGUGGGCUCUGGCCCCACGGUCAGAUGGCCCCCGUGGA